GCAGUCUACCGUCCUUUCAUCCCUCUCCGGCUUGAGGUCGACAUUGUAACAUCGCAUUAGAGUCCCACAGUCGAGCCAAAUCGCGCGGGCAAUCAGUCUUUCCAGGUCGUGCAACUCAUUCGAACUCGCCCAACACCUGGCAACAGUCGACCGCCUUUCUACAACUUACCAUCACCUCGACCAACUUCGUAACCCACUACUUCUGGAAAACAACAACAAGAACAGACUGAAAUCAUGGCAUCCACCGAAGGGCCUCAGCGCCACCAUGAUCGUCAUGCUCGACGACGACCAUUCGCUGCGUGGAUGCGUCGCCUCGCCAAUCUCAAGACCCUACACUCAGACUCGAACGAUAGUCACGAUGGUGCAAGACGAUCCAACCUCAAUAUGAACAUCAAGUCAAAGAGGGCCAACAUUGCAAAGAAUAACCCAUACCCUCUUUCCUCGAGACCCGACGCAGCUCAUAACCACUCAGCCUACUCGACACCCUUGUCCUCUGUCCGCUCUCGCCAGAGUUCGCUGUCUCAAAGCAAGCAUUCCGUGUCUAUCUCCCACGACAGUCACCUGCACAAUAAAUCAAGAGCCCCAACCCUGGCCACCACAGCCGAGACCACACACUCAGACGCUGCUCCAUCUGGCGCAGGUACGAGCCAAAGUGCCCCGCGGACUGAAGGAGGCAGAGACAGCACAUUUUCGUCGCCAGCGCCGUCAGUGCGGUCCUUUGCCACCACCCUCACCACCGUCCAGUCGAUCGCACCUGCCCAGCACAACCUCCACAACCCGUCAACUUUGUCACAACCAUCCCCCACCCCACCAGCCUUCCAGCUGCAGCCUGCAACUGCUGUGCCAGCCCACCUGGCGCCUCACUCCCACCCAACAACCUAUCAUACAGCGACGGCCAACAACGUGCUCACUGACGAUGCCUCGAUUUUGACGUUGGCGUCUUCGUCCAAACGUCGUCGGCGCAACUCUGUUGACACCAAUGCAUCCAUGAAAGCAUUGGCGCCAGCAUCAAUGUUCGGAGGCAGCCGUGAGUCCCUUCCGCUGUCCGUCUUAUCAGGAACAAUGAUGCAUUCAACCUCCGGAGCGGACACGGCCUCGUUGCGUGAGACGAGCACUUCUGGCGCCGGAGCCGGAGGACAUUCGCGGCCGCUCAACGCCGAGCGAGCUAGUCUGAUCUCGGCCUCCGGAAUUGCCGCUCCUGCCCUGGCCAGUGAACGCAACAGCUACAUUGGAAGCAAAUACGGUGGUGGUGAUGCGGCCAGUGUGCGCAGUGGUCUGUUGGGUGGUGGUGGUCAUGGCCGUACCGAUAGCGUCAGUGGGAGUAUUGGCGGCACCAAGGAUUUGAGAGACAGAGCGGGUGACGGGACGCUGGUCAAUGGUCCAGGCAUGGUCACGGCCCCCACGAGUCCCCUGAUCGACGGCCCUGGCUCUGCUACGGCUUAUACUUCUGCCUUGGGUGACGUCUCUGAAGCCUUGAAGGACGACGACGACGGUGAUGAUCAACAAGUUAUGCAUGACAGACCAGUUCUUGGACGAUGAGUCUCGGACCUGGUCGUGACCUCGACCUGCCCUGUCCCAGAGCUGGAGACGAACUGCAUGAAACAUUCAACUUGAGUUAAAAUACAGCGGUCGAAACUUGUUGCUCGACGUCGCAUAUCCUUAUCCGCCUACGCACCAACGCACCCUCGCGAGUCGUUGCAUUGCUUUUGCUUCGGGAUGCUAGAAGCUAGAAGCCAGAACCUGGCUGGUCUAGCUUAUUACGAGGCCUACACUUUGAACCAUUUGAUGAUACCCAAAGCUUAUCUAGACACUACUGUGUUUGUCAUGGCAUGAUAUAUCUUUACCUCAUACACGACCGCGUUCCUAUUUAAUAGAUCCUCCUGGUUCUGAUUCUGAGUUAGGCUUCUUUCGCUUCGUAUAUCUUGAUCAUGGGCUCCUUAAACUAUCUAUCGGUCCUU